UCUCUCUCUCUCUCUCUCUCUCUCUCUCGCUCGCUUCCUGUCUCGCUAUCACUGAUUCACUGAUCCAUGUUUCCCUCUUUCUUUGAUCUGUGCUCUACAUACACCUCAUGCUGGUUACUGAUUUAGGCCCAAUCAGGUAGGUGGUAUUGAAUCAUUUUUGGUUGUGAGAUUGAUUACAAGACUUGCAAGAAUGCCUAUGCUUCCUUCGGAUACGUCUCAGAGUGAUGGUCUAAAAAACAUAGGCUCUGCAAGUAGUAUCCCUGAAUUGGAAGGGUUUGAUUUUUCGAGGUUACCAGAUGGGCCAAGGAAUUUGAACAUUGAGAGGCAGAGCUCAUGGGAUGAGAGGUCACUCACUUCUCCUCUCCCACCUUCCAUACCUGACUUCAUAUAUCGGUCUGCAGAACACUUUGAUAGUGUAUUUUCACCUAAGCGCUCUGGCUACACCAGUCCAAUGUCACCCUUUGGGUAUGAGACACAUCCUAUGUUUGCUGAUGCUUGGGAGAAUUUGAGGCGUUCCUUGGUCUAUUUCCGUGGGCAGCCUGUUGGGACCAUUGCUGCAUUGGAUAAUUCUGGGGAUGAAAAGCUCAAUUACGACCAGGUGUUUGUUAGAGAUUUUGUACCUAGUGCAUUGGCUUUUCUUAUGAAUGGGGAAACAGAAAUAGUAAAAAACUUUAUCUUGAAGACUAUUCGUCUUCAGUCAUGGGAGAAAAAGAUAGACCGGUUCCAAAUGGGAGAGGGAGUGAUGCCUGCUAGUUUCAAAGUACUCCAUGAUCCAGUCAGGGAUUCAGAGACAUUGAUUGCAGAUUUUGGUGAGAGUGCAAUUGGAAGAGUGGCUCCUGUUGAUUCUGGAUUUUGGUGGAUCAUUUUGCUUCGGGCAUACACAAAAUCUACUGGUGAUUCUUCAUUGGCCGAGUUGCCUGAAUGCCAAAAGGGCAUGCACCUGAUACUUGAAAUAUGUCUUUCAGAGGGGUUUGACACAUUUCCAACACUUCUUUGUGCUGAUGGUUGCUGUAUGAUUGAUCGUAGAAUGGGUGUAUAUGGGUACCCAAUUGAAAUUCAAGCCCUUUUCUUUAUGGCUUUAAGAUGUGCACUGCUUUUACUGAAGCAAGAUGCGGAGGGGAAGGGUUUAAUGGAGAGAAUAGUUAAACGGUUACAUGCUUUGAGCUAUCAUAUGAGAAGCUACUUCUGGCUUGAUUUAAAGCAGCUGAAUGAUAUAUACCGAUAUAAAACCGAGGAGUACUCUCACACUGCAGUCAACAAAUUCAACAUCAUGCCAGAUUCUCUUCCGGAAUGGAUAUUUGAUUUCAUGCCAAUUAAUGGUGGAUACUUCAUUGGAAACGUUGGACCUUCGAGGAUGGAUUUCCGUUGGUUUUGCUUGGGCAAUUGCAUCGCGAUCCUGUCAUCCUUAGCAACUCCUGAACAGGCACUUAAAAUCAUGGAUCUCAUCGAGUCACGCUGGCAUGAGCUUGUGGGAGAGAUGCCUCUGAAGGUUUGCUAUCCGGCCAUAGAGGGACACGAGUGGCGCAUCAUAACAGGGUGUGACCCAAAAAAUACCAGAUGGAGCUACCACAAUGGGGGAUCAUGGCCAAUGCUGUUAUGGCUACUCACUGCGGCGUGCAUAAAGACUGGACGACCCCAGAUUGCAAGGCGCGCCAUUGAGCUAAUCGAAACCAGGUUGUCCAAAGAUGCCUGGCCUGAAUAUUAUGAUGGGAAACUUGGUAGAUUCAUUGGGAAACAGGCGCGAAAAUACCAGACUUGGUCUAUUGCUGGCUACUUGGUUUCAAAGAUGAUGCUUGAAGACCCUUCCCACUUGGGGAUGAUUGCAAUUGAAGAAGACAAGCAGAUGAAACCAGUUUUGAAGAGAUCUACUUCAUUUUGAUAACUUCUUUUUUUUUUCUAUCUUGAUCAUUUCAUGCACAACUUUGCCACAUAGCAUAUAGACACACAUAAAAGGUUGGUGAAGUGUAGCAUCAAGCAGAAGGAGAGGAAUGCAAAAACACAAUUAGGUUAUUUGUCAGUUUCUUUCUUCUUUUUUUUUUUUUUAAUCAAGGAAUUUACAAAUAAGAAUAUCAUAACAUAUUAGUUUCCAUAUGUUUGAUUGUUUU